AAUAAAACUGAAAAAUUGUUUGACAUAAAAUUUAGAAUUGAAUACUUAAAUCCAAAAUUAUAGAGGACAUUUUUAAAUACACAAUUUAUCAUCUCAAUCUCAUUUUUCUUUCCGUAAUCUCCACAAGAAAUUAAUCAUGUUUACAACUAACUUUUAAUGUAAUUUUUAACAUAAAAAUAGCAUAGGUAUUGCCUCAUCUUACCUUUAAAAAAAAAGUCCAUUUUUACUAACAUAAAUUAACUUUAAUUUCAGUUAUUUUUUUAUCUUAACCGAGAUUAAGUCAAUCUACAUUGAUAAUUGGAGAUGAGUGGAAAUGAAAUGGAGUUAAUCGGAGUUUGGUUGAAAUUACUCUAAACACUUUGCACGGCUGGCGUCGCCAGUCGUUGAUCUCGCGACUGGUGAACAGGGCUUAAUACCCGUGACAGUCGCCGCCUCUCACCAUCGUCGCCUCCCAUCGUCGAGAGAGUGGAUCACGACGCUGCGCGAUUGUUGACAUUUCGCACUGCGGAUGCCAAUGUAAAUCUAGAGGCUCGUCGCGACGCUUCGAUUUGCCAGGUCUGGUAGGCGUCACCCUUCGACUCAUCCUGAGCCAUGAGUUCGAUAUCCAUGAGCAAUGCUGGACCAUCGGCCACCGCUACUGGUAUGGAGACGGUAGUGGCGGUCGCUCUGGGUGCACUCGCCGCGGUCUUUCUCGGCGCGCUUCUGGUGCUCCUUGUUAUUUGCCGCAGACAACGUUGCUAUUACAAUCAGAAGGACUCCGCGGAGCUUAGCUCCGAUUUGCUCGAGGGAGAGAACAUCACUGGCCUGGGACUAGAUGUGUGGGAGAGCGAAGAAUGGCUGGCAGGUGCUGAAAGAUGGGUAGACGAUGCCACUGGUUUAGCUCCGCCUUGUAUAGCGGUGCUUCGAUCUUGUCAUGCUCUCGCCGCUAGUCUGACAACUAUUGCUGGAACUGUCAACAGUAAUACUGUUCCGCUAGAGAUAGUAGACGUUGCCCGACGUAUACCACCUCGCGUGGACGACGUUGUACGCAGUCUGUAUCCACCGUUGGACGCCAGAUUAUUGGAAGCUAGAGUAGCGGCUCUAGUGUUGGCGGUGACUCACUUAGCACUGGUGACCAAGCACGGCGUUCCUAAGAGCCAAGCCAGGAAGCUGGCGUUCAUCGAUCAAGCCUUGAACGACAUGGAUACGCAUCUGUUGGUGCUGAGAAAUGCAGCGCUUGCUCAGGAAGUGGCUUGCUCUAUCCCGGCAUCUACGCCAGUUUAAGUUUUACAUCGAUGAUUUCGCGACGAAAUCGAAUCUCUCAUUUACCACAGUAUUUAUAAUUAUCGGAUUUAACUCUAGCUUUGCUCUCAUUAUGAUAAAGUCGACAGCAACGGAAGCUGUAUGUAAUACGGUCGCUAGACAUUUGUUAAUGUAGCGUACACGUCGAGUACACUUCGAGCCACGUAUGUGCCCGGCAAACAUGCGAAAAAAUGGGUCAUCACUGAUCUCAAGGCACAAAAUGAACUAAAGUUCGAGAUUACUAAAAGAGAAAAACUCGUCGGUGCUUUAUGUCAAUUACUAUAAAAAGAGAAUGCAUAUAUAUAAAUAUAUAUAAAUAUACUAGAUAUACAUAUGCACAUGCAUAUGUAUAUAUACAGCACACGUCGAGAGAAUAUCGUGAAGAAUAUAUUUUAAUAGUUUUUAAAACGCGAUGAAAAUUCGCUGAUAUCUCUCGACAUUUUGACAAUACACAGAAAUAUAUGAAAAUGACGUCUUCCAGGUUAUAUUAUUAGUUAUUUAUACGUAUACGAAUAAAAAUGUAUUUUGGGACUAUAUAAUCGAUCGUACCUGCGAUAAUGUUUGUACACAUUACAAUAUUUUAUAUUCCUGAAGAUAAUCAAAUUGUUUUAUAUUAGUCACAGGAGUUUAUAAUAAAGAUAAUCGUUAAAGAGAAA